UCAAACAGGGCAUCAGUAUGACCUGCGGCACUAUACCACAGUGAGAAACUGACACAAGGCUCCGUGCUGCUGUAUAAACUGGAUCUACAGCGUUUCGGUUCUCAACCCAGUGGAGGGGGAAGCAGUCACCCGGUCUUCCAGAUGGAGUGGGGUGGGAACCUUCGCCCUACGAAGACACGCUCGGGCCCCCCAGCACUGCCCGCCAAGCAGCGCAGGAGCAUGUACUCCGAGGGUUCCAACGUGGACAUGGACUGGGGGAUGGUGGGGCUGCCCAGCCUGGCCGGCCUCCGGCUGGACCAGCCGGACCCAGACGUGUUCCUGGAGGGGGUCUUCUGCCAGGAGGCCCAGUGUCCCCUACACAAGGGCUCCGUCUCAUCCUGCUGUCAUGAGGACGAGGUUUUCUCAGAGGGCUUUCCCCCACCUGUCCCCCGUAAGAAGCUGGUGCGCGCCAUGUCGAUGCCCGAGGGGUGCACCCCGCCUACUGCCCCACAACGGCCACCUAGGCCCCCCGUGUCGGCACUCAAUAAACAGCUCACCGACCUACGAUGCUUCGACAACCCGCUCUACAUAUUGUCGCCACUAGAGGGCGCCAUUUCCCCGGAGCGCAGUGAAGCGCAGACAGCAGCCACAGCGAAUCCGCUUCUAUCGUCCGACCCCAGCAGUGACACAACGCCCCUCUCUCAACUGUCGUUUGACACACCGGACGAGCAGGUGCUGCCGUACCUGUCGAGCGAGGCCGCGGGGGUUAUCAUCGCGCAGAGACAUCUGUUGUUCCUCCGGAAAGCUGCGGACGCCUUGGAGUCCGACCUUUUGAUGCUAGGGGAGGCUGGCGGGUUGUCAUACUCACCGGAGGACUUCCAGCUGUGUGACGGGUAUGAGCCCAGGCAGAUAGGAGAUGACGUCUACAUCAAACUGCACUGCAACAAGCUUCCAAACAAAGUACUGGGUGCAAGGGUGUACAAUCCAGAUAACCAUUCGGCCCACUCCGUCCCCCAGUCGCCGCACGUCAACCUGCGACAAGUCCUCAUUAAUUUCUCACCUAGCAGAACACAAGAGGCAGCAGCACAGCCAGACUGCACACCUCCAAUGCGGCCACUGGGUGGCAGUAGUGAGUUUGUUGACAGCCAACUGGUUUCCCCCAUAAAUAACUCUCCGACUAUUAUAGAGUUAUUGGAGAGGGGACAUGCUGUGAGUGUUGAAAGAGAUUUUCCUCAAGCCACACUAGGGGACUUCUUUCAGGGCCGCUGUGCCAAGCAAACCUCUGAUCCCGCGCUAUAUGCGAAACAGCUGUGUCUCCUGUUGCUGCAGGUGGCCACAGGCCUACAGCCGCUGUGCAGUAACGGAGCAAUGUACACAGAGUUAAGACCGUCCAAUGUUUUCCUUGUGUGGCCCAGUAGGGCGCCAGCCGCGUCCGACAGAGCAGAAAGUAGAAUGGACAAAGAACGAGACGCGGGUGAAGACAAUGUUAGAGCCGCGGUUCAGACGCACUGGGAGAGAAUAGGAGCGCCUCGCGUGGUUCUCAACAACACACCCUAUAGGGCCUCUUCCAAACAUCACACCGUGUCCUCCACCAACGCCCAGAUCGGAGGGCUGAUUCUCCAAGGCCUCUCCUCUGUCAAGCGGGGCUCGCUUCCAAAAUCCACCAGCGAUCCUUACACUGAGAGACUGCUGGAUCUGGCGGGAUGGCUUCAGGACGAGAGCGCCGCGCUGCCGCUGUCACACACGAAGACCAUCCUCCAAGCCCUCCUCUGGGGGCCCCGGGCCCAGCUCUUCACCUUCCACAUCGGCUCGGCCACGUCCACCAUGAACUCCUGGCUGACCAUCAGCCGCAGCUUGCUGGUGCUGAAGAUGGCCGAGAGGGGCCUUCUCCAGGCCGGGCCGCCCAUGGACUGGGAGGCGUGCCUCCGCCUCAGGUACUUUGCGUCCUGUGACGCCGAGGAGUUGAGCAGUGCCUCCGAGCGCCUAGCGCUCCUCCGAAAGCUAUGAAAUAUUUAGAAUAUUUUGGUUCGAUACAUGUAUUUUUUAUAAUUUAUGGCAAUGACCUGUAUUAAGUUACACUGAAGAUGACGUCACUGGCCUGCCACACUUGCGUGGCUGUUUAUAAGCUGCGAGUCUUCUGAUCAUGCGCACCACCGCUGCUCUACAUUUUUGUUUUGCAUCGCAUAAAACGGCGUUGAAACAAUCUAAUAAAAAACGCCUUUGCAUCGGCAGUGUUGAAAUAAGGGGCUCAUGCGACUGCUUUCCAAUCCCAAGUGACCAUUUUUAUUUAGAACAGUUACAACAAGCACAUUUCUGACCAGAGAACCUGAACAAAUUGAAAUC